CAUAUAGACCACUGAUUUAAAAAGCUACUCAAACACAGCUACUGAAGAGUGGAGGACUAAACUGGUGGCUGAGGGUUAGCGUCAGGGGUUUAAAGCUACACAACAGUCUGGAGAGUGUUCAAGACAGGACAUAAUACAAGGAGAUUAUGCUUGCUUCUAAAAAAACAACAUGGACUGGACAUCUGAGUAAGCAGAUUUGAAUUUUGGAUCACGAUUUCUCUGAAAACAUCCAGAAACUGGUUAGGGAUGGAGGCUGGUAAGGCUUGGAUGCUUAUUUGAGCACUUUUAACUGAGUUUUGGAUAGUGUCUAGAAGAAUUAAGCUAAUACUUGGAAGAUGUCUCAAGAUGAAACAAAGAACAUUGUAUAGCUUCAAAAAGCUGUGAAAGUUGAGAAAAUAAGUGUUUACACUACUGGAAUCUGAAUGAAUCUGUAAAUAAAACUGAAAGCAACUCUGGCUUCUAAUAAAUACAAAUUAUUUAAACAUUUGUAGUAACCUUGCCAAGAAGCAUCAAUGAAACAGUUUGAAUACUCCAAUUCUGAGCAAACCUGGCCUUCUUUUGUCAACCGCACUCCUCGACUAAAGCUCAACACUUUAGAUUUUUCUGAUUUGUGGGAUGAAGAGGAUCUGGACCUGGGCAUUGCUGAUGAUGACCAUUUCCAAAGCAAUGUACCGCCCAUGCAAAACUCAGGAUGCCAUUCAUAUCCUACAGCACCUUCACAAGCACCACCACUGGCUCCUCCUCUUCCUCCUCCUCUUCUUCUUCCUUCUCCUCAGGUGAAUCUGCUGGGUUUGGGAUCAGCUCGUCGAACCCUGAGGCUCCACUGGAAAGAGUUGUUGAGUUUGCAGCCCCUGCCGAGAGUCAGCCGUUUUGGUUCGCAGUCCAUUUGGGCUGCUUUAGAGCCAGUCCAUCUGGACACCAACAGACUAGAAUAUCUGUUUGAAAGCAAGAGUAGCAGUAAUAAGACUCUUUCUGCACUGAAGGGUGGAACACGGAAUCAGCUGUGCGUGUCUGUAUUGGGUGUGAAGCGGAGUAACAUCAUUACUAUAGCACUGAGCAGCCUGCCUCCUCCCCAUUUGCUCCCUCCAGCUAUCUACAGUAUGGACUCCAGUGUUCUGGACAGGGAGGAUGUACAGAGGAUUCAGUGUCUGGUCCCAACGGAAGAAGAGCUGAAAUUGAUUAAGGAGGCAAAAUCUCAGGCACCACACUGUCCUCUGGCCCUUGCUGAGCAAUGUCUCCUCACCAUGGGCAAUGUCACACACCUGAGCUCCAGGCUGCAACUUUGGGCUUUUGCACUAGACUACGAUGCACUGGAGAAGGAAAUUGCUGAGCCUCUCUUUCAUCUCAAGCUUGCAAUGGAGCAGCUGGCAACCAAUCAUACUUUCCACUGUAUACUUGCAACUGUACUCGCCAUUGGAAACUGUCUUAACGGCUGCAAAGCUCGGGGGUUUGAACUUAGCUACCUAGGAAAGCUCUCGCAGGUAAGGGACACACACAGCCGGCAGCCUCUUCUACACCAUGUGUGUGUGUUACUCUUGCAGCUUUACCCACAAUCCUCGGACCUGUACUCUGACAUCACCGCCGUCACCCGGGCCAGUAAGUGUGAUUACUCGCAAGUCAAAUCCAGCCUCUCUGCUCUGGAGUCCCAUUGCAAAGCAUCAUGGGAGCAGCUGCAUGUGCUGAAUAAAGAAGGUGUGAAAAAAGGAACAGGGCGAGGAGAUGGGGUUGAGCAGAGGGGCGUUAGUGAGGCAUGCCUCUACCACAGACUGCCACAGUUCCUGAAGGAGUGCAAUGAAAGGCUAAAGGUGCUUAGAGCUGUGCAUCGGCGCGUCAUCAACAGAUUUCACUCAUUCCUCCUGUACCUGGGUUACUCACGUUCCAUGGUGCGGGAGACAAGCGCGGAUGCAUUCUGCAAAACUGUCAGCGAUUUUGCAUUGGAGUACAGAGCUGCUCGUCAUGCCAUUCUCCAGCAGAGAGAGAGGGAACGAGAACGGGAGGAGCGAGAGAAAGAAGAAAAAAUACGAAAAGUUUCCUCUUCUACAACCCAAGCUAUGCUUAAAGAAAGCCCGGCUUCGGAUUGCAUGGAGCAGUCACUGCUAGAGGAGGUCCUGAACACACCUACAUCACCCUCUUGUUUUGACCUCCCACGUCAGCGCAGCAGAGGUUGCUUUCCACGAAGACUAAAGGUCUUAAAAAAGAAACUAAAAGAAACAGCUUAGAAUAUCUAAUCGACUGAACUUUAAACGCUUAAUACACAGCAGUUAAAACAAAGCUGUUGAGAAAUACAUGAAAUUGAAUCAUUCAGUCAUUCACAGUAAAGAUACCUUUUUUUUUUAUUUCACUGGUAUGUAUCUGCUUGAAUAUAAAUAAAUCUGUUUUCUUUACUUAA